CGUGCACGCAAUAUCUGGAAAACGAAGCAGUUGAGGUAAGUCCAGGAUGAAUCCGCAUUUAAUUAUCUUGCUGAGCCUGGCGGCGGUAAUAUCGGCAGCAAAUGAGCCGAUAGCCAUAGUCAAGCAGGAACAGGACAUCAGCCCGGACGGUAGUUACUUUCUGAAAUGGGAGAGCGCCAACGGGAUUACCUUCGAGGAGCAGGGCGUCCAGAAGAAUUCUGGCCAGAAAGACAAGGAGGCUGAGGAGGUACACGGCAAAGCGUCAUGGACCGCGCCCGACGGGCAGAAAAUUAAUCUCGGCUGGCAGGCAGACGAGAAUGGCGCCGUUUUCCAAGGGGCGCAUCUACCGACCCCGCCACCACCGCCGGCAAUUCCGCCUGCCAUCCAGCGAGCCCUUGACUGGAUAGCCGCUCACCCCUACCAGGGAGAGAAAAACAAAGUGUAAUUGAUGCAGUUCUUGCUACAGACAUGUUGAAGAUUCGUACUUCACUAGCAUAUGUUUAGCUUGACAUUGAAUGUAAAAAGGCAAGUUUGUAUAAAAAUGUCAUAUGCUGAAGGAAAAUGUGAUUUAAUUCCCGAUUUCUCAUCAACCACUCUUGUCGUAAUAAAAUUACAUUGUUUUAAAUGUAUUGUUUAAGUGUACUCCCCGUAACGUGCGAUCAAUUGUGCUGUAAUUGUGAUAUCGCAUUGUAUUUGGACAAAUGCGAUAUUGACAGAUUGUUUAGGAAGAUAGAUUUAGUUAUAAAAUCAUUAAAAUUGAUAAUAGCUCUAAUAUAUAUUACGAGAUUAUUAAGACAUAAACGCUAUCAAUCAUAUUGGAAUAUAUCAUGGUGUCAUGUUUACUUCAGUAUCACAAUUAUCCCGAAUAGAUAUAAUUUAAACGAUUCCAUCAAUCUGAUUAACCACAGACAGAUAUGCAGAGAGAGUUAUUUGUUUAAGAGUAGAAAAUUGUAAUAGGUUAAUAAAACCCUCAAUAUAUUUACUUAUAU